AUGCCCCGACAAAAAGAGUUGAGUGGCUUUAACUUAUUUACAAAAAAAAUGGCUGUUCAAAGACAAAGCAUGCGCCACCUGACCUUAUUUGGGAGAGUAUGUGUACGCUUGGCGCUGUUUAUUAGCGUAGAACAAAGUCAGAUUGAAAUAAAUCAUUUUUAUAAAAAAAAUAAAAAAAUAAAAAUACAAAAAUUAGUAGGAAAUAAAGAGUAUAAUUCAUUAUUAUAUACAAGAGAAUACUAUAGAAGACGUGGGUAA